UGCUUGUGAAUGUGGUUGGAACUUGGCGCUACACUGGUGACCGUGUUGAAGAUUUGAAGUUCAGCUCGCGUCGCGCUUUCCUUAGGGACGAGCUCACCCCUCACAUUGCAAGGGUGUUGCUGCUUCUGAACAUACAGUUGAAUCAGCUUCUGCGCUUUUGCUCAGUCGCAAUGGCCCCAAGGAAGCGCGGCGCUGCCUCCAAGAAGGAGCACACGCAAGUGCUGCCAGGGCGUCUGGGCGAGAAGGACCAGCAGGAACUCGCUGUUGGUCUCAUAGACAGGUACGGCGGCCGCCAGAGCAAGGAGGCCGGCAUUGACCUUGAGAAUGGGGGUGACGCGGCGCUUGAGCAGUGGUUCCUGCUCUCGGUGCUCUUCAGCCGGGGGAUCAGUGCGGGGCAGGUCGUGAACACAUACAAAGUGCUGACUGAAGGGGGCAUCAAGAAUGUGUCAGACGCCGGCAAGCUGGAGUAUCAUGCGCUGUGGGACAAGCUGUCGGAGGGUAAGGCCCAGCGCCGCGACCGCACCACCAAGCAGCUGCAAUCGCUGACUCAGGUGUUGCAGGACCAGUACGCGGGCAGCGUGCGCCAGCUGCUCACCAGCUCCGAGGACCCGCACGAGGUGCGCGCGAGCGUGGAGGCCCUGCCGUACAUGGGCCCCACCACGGCGGAGCUGUUCCUGCGCGACCUCAAGGAGCUGUACCCGCAGGUCAAGGACGUGCUCGACGUCAGCGAGAGGGCGCUGGAAGCAGCGCAGCACUUGGGCCUCGUCUCCAAGAUCGCGCGGACCAACAAGCGCCAGAAGGGCGCGGAUUCGGACGGCCAAAAGGCGCAGUCGCCGGUCAAGGCCACGGACGUCCUGGAGGAGCUGGCCAAGGCGUCCGGCGUCGAUUGCCGGGACCUCGAGACGGCGCUCAUCAAGCUGCACAACGGGCACUACCGGGGCUAUGCGAAGUGCCCCGGGGGGAUGGAGUGCGCAGCGGCGCAGACAGACGGGGCGAAGAAAGAGCAGGACGGGGAACAGACUGCAGCCAAGGCCGAGGAAGCCCCCGCCGCAGGCGCGGUUGAGAAGAAGCCGGCGGACGCCGACGUCAGCAUGGAGGAGGCCGCUGAUGUCAGCAAGGAAAAACCCGCCGAGACGGGCGAGAAGACGGAAGCGGCGCCCGCCAAAGAGGCCGAAGAAGCUCCCGCUGACGUCACCGAGGAGAAACCCGCCGAAGUGGACGAGGACGUCCCCGCUGCAGAGGACGCGGAGCCGGCUCUGGCGCCUGCUGACGAGAGCAAAGAGGCGCCCGCUGACGUCAGCACGGAGGCUGAGGAGAAGGCGCCCAAGGAGAAGGUCGCCGGUGAUGGCGGGAGCAAAGAGCAGGCGCCCGAGGGAGACGUCGCCGAAAAGGGCGACCAGGGGGAGGGCGCGAAUGGCAAGGUGGAGACGGAGGCCGCCGCCGAGGGAGAAGCGGCGGACGGAGUGGCAGCGGAAGGAACGGAGGCGGCCGGAACCGAGGCGCAACCAGAGGAGGAGGAGAAGAAGUCUGCGCCCAAUGGGGGGGCGCCCAAGCAGGAGAAUGGACCGGGGGUUGAGGAGAAGGAAGCGCCCGCGCCCUCCGACGUGCCGAGGUUAGAGGACGAGGGGGCGCGCGAGCAGAGAAUGAAGAAGGAGGCGCCCCGUGCAGCGGAUGGGGUGGCAACUGAGCUCAAAGCGGGGGCGUGAUUUCUCGCUUUUGGCGGGCAGCUUAAAACUGUACGUUAGCGGUCACGAUUGAAAUGAGUCAACUGAUCCGGAUGAUACGUGUACUUUUAGCACGGACGGGCGAGAAAGCUGUGCCACGGACGGGAAUGUUGACUUGAGCGAGAGCGUCACCGGUCAAUGAGCAUAGAAGCGGGCCUGCUUUCGCCCAUGUAACGAUAAGAACUUGUGUACCAUGUGGAGCGUUUGGAGACUAGAGAUUGCAAAAGGCUCCGUCUGCUAAACCUUUUGUCAAAGAGCGCUUCAUGAAGCGCAAUGGCUAGCAUGGGCCUAUGAAGAAUCCUGGGACCAGGGUUUACUUUUGAUAGAUACGUUUUGGUAAAAUCAAGCCCUUUUGAAUAGAGCUUGUAGAGUUUGUUGAUAAAGGCCGGCUCUUGUAACUUGAAGCGUUUCGUAGAACCUGGAAACGGAAUGUUCACCCCAGUUCCAAGCUUCCGGCAAACGCUACUGAUUGUUAAAUCUAUUGGACUGGACCGCCGGAUGGACUACGUUUACCUUCAUUCGGUGCAAGUAAUGGGCAUCGAUUAGAGUCAAAGCGCUUUGAAAAAUGAUGCUGG